AUGUUCCUCUUUGCUCGCAAAACCAAGACGCCCAUCAGCACCUACACGGACUCCUACCGGCCCCCCAACACUGUCAAGAAAGCCUUCGAGGAUCCUCCCUUGGCCCUGUGGACUGAAAACAAGUUUGUGACGCAGGGUUUGACAGUGCCCAGAGUGGACAACCAGGUGGAUCAGGCACAUCUGGAAAAGAUGGUGAAGAAAGCGGUUCAGGAAUACACGUACAAGAAUUCUGUGGAACCAACCGCUUAUCGGCCGUACAAGUACUGGGUGACCAAGGAAGAAGAGAAGUACAAUCCAGCCUUUGUUGGCGACGACAGGUACGCGACGUGGAGAACCGGGCCCUACAACAGCGCGACGUGGAACAGAUAUACCACCUACCUUCCACGGAUACCCAGGGAUGCCGGGAUGGAGCCGAUACUUCGUGGGAUGCCCAUGCAGUACCCUCCAAAACCGGACCGUCUCAACAGUUACGAGCGAGAAGUCGUGGUCAACAUGCUGAACAGCCUGUCCCGGAAGCAGCUGCCGUCGAUCCAGCACCGCUACACCGUCCCAGGCAGGAUGCCUUACCAAGGCUACUACAGCCCCUGCAGCGGCCGCCACUACUGCUUGCGGGGGAUGGACUACUAUGUGGAUGGGGCGCCCAGCAACGAACAGCACCUCGGCCAGCUAGUUGAGAAGAUUGUAAGGAAUUUCCCGUAUUACGACCAGCAGCAAGAGACGACGCUAUGUGCACCUAUGCCCGACCCGCUUCCUUCUUUCCCGUAUAUGAACCUUAGGUGGGCAACAAGUCAUUUCAGGAAGAGCGGAGGAGCACAAAAGGACAGUUUUAUCAUUCAUCCUGAGUUCGCUUCGGAGUCCUACCCAGCCCCACCAUGUUGGUGGUAG